UCUACACUCUACCCUUCCCAAAGGAGGACGACCUUAGUGCAGGCUGUACAGAUAUGGACGCCAUGUUUUCUCGCCUUCCCUUUCUGAUAAUCAUUCUCUCUUUAUUUGCAGGGAGAAGCAUUGCAGAAAAGGCUAGGGCGCUCUUUGUAUUCGGAGACUCUUACGCCGACACAGGAAAUAAAGAUCCAUACAAUCAAAGUAUAAACCAGCCAUGGAGAAGACCAUACGGUUUGACCUGGCUUGGCUAUCCCGCAGGCAGAUUUUCUUCUGGCAAAAUCUAGAGAGACUUUUGGGAUAAACCAAUCUUCCACUCACAAACGGUCAAAUAUCAGGUGUUAAGGGCUUAUCUAUGUGUGGUUGUGGUGUGUGCAGGAGAUAUUUUAGGGCUUCCCGUUCCCAUAGCUUAUGAGCUGCUGAGAAGUCACGACUGUAAAGCAACUGCAAAGAAGAUUAGAAAAGGAGUGAAUUUUGCAGUUGGAGGCAGUGGAAUAUUUCAAGCCUACGGUUUCAUAACAGUAGCACAACAGGUGAAGCAGUUUAAGAAACUGAUAGCAGGAAGUCACGGGUUCGAUUCUCGCAAGCUCUCGCGGUCUGUAGUUCUUAUCUCUGUGGCUGGCAACGACUACGGUACAUUCCUUUCUAGUAGAAACGGCUCCAUUCAGGUAAUUCAAAAUCUAAGGCCUCUCUUCGCCUGCAAAAACUUCAGAACAUUUAUAUUUUGCAACUUUGUGAGCUUAAUACAGGGAGUGAUCGAUCUGGUGAAACCUGUGGUAAGUGGGACAAUCGACGCUGUGAAAGAGCUGUAUGAAAGCGGACUUAGGAAUUUUGCGGUGAGUAAUAUUGGUCCGUUUGGGUGCGGGCCUCAGAUCGGCAAAGCAUCCUGUGAUUCAAACUACGAUGACUUUGUAGCCCUUCAUACAAAAUAAUUAAGAGAGGGCGUAGAAACCCUCAUAUCGGAUCUCAAGGAAUUGUCCAUCAUAAUUUCAGAUUUGGUGUCUGCGGUUAAUCAUAUAUUCUCCAGUCCUGAACAAUUCGGUUUUAUGGAUUUGUUCGUCCCUUGCUGUGCUAUAAAAGGUGGUGUUGAAAUGUGUGGAGAGGUAGACGAAAUAGGAAAGCCUUUAUUUGAAGUGUGUUCUAACGUUAAAGAAAAGUU